AUGGGACAACGCCAUGCUGACAACAAACACCAGGAUAGUGGUAUACAAGGCGUGCGUACUCAGCACGCUCCUGUACGGCAGCGAAGCCUGGACCCUGUACUCUCGCCAAGAGCGUCGACUCAACACCUUCCACAUUGCCUCAGAAGAAUUUUAGGCAUCAGCUGGAAGGAUCAUGUCACCAACAAGGACGUAUUGAGACAGUCAGGGUUACCCAGUUUGUUCGCCUUGCUAAGCCAGAGGCGAUUGAGAUGGCUUGGCCAUGUAAGCCGCAUAGACAACGGCCGUAUACCGAAGGACGUGCUGUACGGAGAGCUGGCAACUGGAUCAAGACCUACAGGAAGGCCUGUUCUUCGCUACAAGGAUGUCCUAAAACGUGACAUGAGGGCCGGAGACAUCGACCCGGCGUGUUGGGAAGCAGUGGCUGCUGAUCGAAAUCGAUGGAGGCAUGCUGUCAAGGCAGGCCUCCAACUCAGCGAAAGAGGAGGGAAGAACAGUGGGAUGAGAGAAGACAGCGCAGACGACAAAGACUAG